GGUCCCGCAACUGGAAUUGAAUCUUUAGCAAUCACGAAGAACAAAGAGGUCACUAGGGUUGUGGGCCAAGAUGUCCCAAAGAGGCAGCGAAGUCCUUACAGUCAAGUGGAGCAAGGAGGAGGAUGAUCUACUUGCUCAGGCUGUUGCCAAAUACGGACAGAAAUGGGACUUGGUUCAGAAAGCGUUGCCAUCGAGGGGAUAUCACCAAGUUCGGCAACGAUGGCUUCGCAAGCUAGGGGUCUUCGACAGCAAGCCAGACUUGUCUUCAUUCCAAACUGGUAGCUUCCCAUCUGCCUCGCGUUUAGGAGAAACGCCAGGAUCACCUGUUACAGCUGAACCUCCUCCAAAUCCGAAGCUAGGACUUGCUCCUUUGAGCAGUGAACUUGCUUUUUCGUCGUUUUUAUCUGGAAGAGCGGAAAGUCGAUCGUUGUAGCAAAAUUAUAGUUGCUUUGGUAAUUGCUGACACUAUUGUACCUUACUGUUCAUUACUAGUGGCACCCGCCGGUCAUAGUGUAAUUGGUAAUUGUUGUGCGGGUAUUAUGUAGCAGUUGCUUGAUUUUUAUCGGAAUGUAAUGAAGAACGCGACAUUUGGGUGACUGCGAGUUGUGCUACUGGCCGCGGCUAAUUCUGGGCAUCGUGGAGAGAAG